CACUUUCUUGUUUCUCCCCAGCGCUACAAUGGAGUUAAUGUCGGUACGAUUAGUGCAAGCGCGCACACUUGUUGAGGAGGUCUUACAUUAAAUCUUGGAAGCCAAAAAUGUCAUAACACAAGCCCACCGGUUGGGUUGGUGUAGUAAAUCGGAGGCCCACCGACAACCCUGUGAAAGAAAGGCCUUGCUUCUUUCCUGACAUAUUUUCGUGGCGCCCAUCAUAACUUAAACCAAUUAUCUAGCGUUAUUAGACUAUUAAUUAUGCAAUAUGGCCGACACAGGAGCUGAAGCGGCCAAGGAUGGUAAACUUGCGAGCUUCAAGGACUUCACGGUCACGGAGGUGCUUUUUGAGGACACAAUGACCAAGUUCAUUGCGUUGCUGGGCAGGUUCCAAGGACGUGAGGACCCUGCCGUACUUCUGCUGUCACGCAAGCCCUUCGACAAGACGGACUUGAGUGGACUUGUGGGUCAGGGGCUGGCUCUGCAGCGGGACUUUGUAAAUGACAUUUACUCCAAGUAUGUUGGCCAGCCGCCGGCCGAGCACACCACCAUCACCGUGGACCUCAUAUACCCGGCCACCGACAAGCAUAUCCAGAAGUACCGCCAACAGCUGCGCUACAUGGUGCGGGAGACGCCGGAGGUGUACGAGCGCAUCGUCCUGCCGUACAUCCAGAGCAUCCCGCCUGCCCGCCUUCAGUGGGUGUACAACGUUUUGGAAAAGAAGAAGGAGGUGGAGCGGCUGAUCUUUGAGGACCCCGACCCGCAGCUGGGCUUUAUGUUGCAUCCCGACAUGAAGUGGGACCAGAAGCAGGUCGACCAGCUGUAUUGCCUAGCGAUCGUACACCGUCGGGAUGUGCCCUGCCUGCGCUCGCUGGACAUAUCCCACCUGCCGCUGCUGGAGAACAUUCGUGACAGGGGUAGCAAGGCGAUCUGGGACAAGUACGGCGUGCCGCAGAACAGCCUGCGUAUCUUCGUACACUACCACCCGUCGUACUGGCACUUUCACGUGCACUUCAUCCAUGCUGCCAUGACUGCCCCGGGUGCCUCGGCGGGCAAGGCGAUCUUGCUAGAUGACGUCAUCGACAACUUGAAGACUUUCGGUGGCGACUACUGGCGCAAGCGCACGCUUACCUACCAGUUGGGCGAGGCCGACGACCUGUGGCGGCUGCUUGCGGGCGCCGACACAGAUAUUUAGACCGCUAUUAUCCUAUCCAGCUGACUCAGUCAGAGCUAUAGUUGUUUUUUUUGAAGGUAAUAGCUACAGCGGAAUGCGCAAUUUGCAGAUUGCUUAGGUUUAGCUGGCUAAGCGCGGGGAGCUAUAGCUCGAGGUAGGUGGCAAGCACGUUAGCUAUAUACCUUUUGGGCUCCGCGCUAUAACAUAGGUGGCUGGCUCUGCUGCAAACGGAAACGGCUUGGGUAAGCCGGGCGCUGUUUUCAGGUGGGGAACUCAAACGUCGUGGCCGGCGGCCACGCGAAACGCGAAAAGUUUAUCUCGGGUAGAUCGGUAAUAGAGGGCAUGAAACGCGGCAGCCGGUAUAGCGACGGCGGGCGUUUGUUGUGUUUCAGCUUUAGCAGUCGAUCAAUGUUUCGAGCAUAAAUAAAUCCAGCUAAUAAUACGGAAUGUGUAAAGUUCCAGG